UAUGAGACCAAUACAGAUGGAUAAAAUAUGCUCUUUGUGAAAUAUGACUGAGACCUAAAGCAUGGACUCUGAUGUAUUUUAUUUUGAUUCCUUAGUGAGAAGAAUGGAACGUUUUUUAUAUAUUUACAUGCAUGGUUCACUAAUCGUUAUGGCUGUUUGUGUAGAGGAUAUUUAAAGGUAAUAUUUUUCUAUGAUGGAGGUUUAAACCUGGGUGAUUUUGUUAAUUCAAUCAGUCAAUGGUUUUAUGACAAAGAGUGAUUGUUAAUUCUAACUGUUACAGUAUAUUACUUUCUGUGUCGGCGUAGAAAACUAUGAGAAACCGGAUCAAGUAAACGGUGUGUCAUGUGAUGUUACCAGUGUCUGUAUUUUUGUUUUGAUUCAUGUAACAAACUUUGUGUGGAUUGGAUUGAUGUGAAAUCUUAUUUUUUAAUGGCUUUGAUUCCAGACAAGGGAAUUAAGAUGACUACAAGUACUUAUACUGUGUGUAUGGGGAACUUAAACCGAGAACAAUAUGUGAAGUUCUACUCUAACGCAAUUAGUCUUUAGCUUUCUAUUUACAAUACCUCUCAUGGAGAAGGUUCCAGUUGAGGUGAUUCUGUCAUUAAGUUCAAUUCCUGCCCCCACGUCUCACUUUUAACUUUCACUUUAGUGAUGCAGAACACCAUUAAUGCUCCCUUGGAUUAAGUCCGACUCUGUAAACAGGAGAAAUGUUGAAUCUGCUUAUCAGCACCAAGACCAAGCUAGCUAUGGUUUUCUAUGGAAGACAUAAAUAAGCUGCCUUAUUGGAUCUUUGCAUAUGACUGCUUUCUCUCUGGAGGCCCUGAUUUGUGUGGUGUCUGACAGGACUGCAGUGCAUUAUAUGACAGACUCUCAACAGCUUCUUCCUUUGCCAAGGCUUUCAUUGCAAGUAAUUUGUAGAAUGCACUAGCUGCAUCAAACAUGUACAUCUAAUCUGAUGAAAGAAAAUUGGAAUACCUCUUCUACUGUGGACUGGGUAGAGGAUGUUCCGUAAGAAGUUAGACGGAUUAGACGUUAGGGGUGGAGCUAGGCAGGGGAAAUCCUCGCUGUUUUGUUGUUGUGUCCAGAAGUCCCAGUCUUGUAGUGACUCCCUGUCAGGGACAAAACAGGGAUCAGAAAACUAUGGGAGCACCAAUGGCACCAAGGUCGCAAUGGAUUCCAAAGAGGAUACUGGUGGAAAUAGGAAAUUGACCAAUGGGUCUUGUCCCUCUGAAAAGAGCAAAGAAAGGGAUGCCUAUGCGUAUGAUGACAGCUCUUCAAGUGAUAGCGACGAUGAGGUUCUGAAGCGCUACCAGAGUACGCUUAAACAAAGAGGCAGCAUACAGCGCUCUGACACCCGACAGAGCAUCAGUAAAUCUUACAGCACCAGCGCAAAGAAGAAAAGUUCAACAUUUGAGAGUCAGGCUUCAUUGAUUAAACAGAAGAAAUCGGAAAGUCCAGCAGCAUUAUCCAGUGGAGAGGAGGAUGGGGGUACAGUGAGCCCGGAAAGAGUACGGCCAGUGGUCAAACACGGGGAGGGGUCACAAGAGUCCCUCACGACUUCUACCACAGGGUCACAGCAACACCUGGUGUAUGAAAACAAGGCUUACGACCAGGAGGACAGGAUGUCAACUCAAGAGGAGGGGAUGUCCUCAGUCCGCAGCGAGAGCAUGCUACCCGGGGCCGAGGAUGAGGAUGAUGAGCACCUGUUUGACGUCAGUGACAUGGACAGAGAGGAGCCAUCUUUGAUAUCAAAAUGUGGCAGUCUGGAGAUGACGUUUAAGUACAACCCUGCCAAAGGGAAGAUGGCCAUCACGAUUCAUCAAGCCCAGGACAUCCCCAGUAAAGAGAGGGGCGGGGCCAGCAGUACCCAGGUCAGAAUACUCCUGCUCCCAACCAAGAAACAGAGAUAUAAGACAAAGAUCAAGACAGGGGAAAACCCAGUGUUCAAUGAAAACUUUGUCUUCAACAAAAUUCCACAAGAGGAGGCCCAUGACAUGGGGAUGAGAAUUCGUUUGUAUGGCAUGGAGAGGAUGCGUCGUGAGCGCAUGAUAGGGGAGACAAUCAUUGGGUUUGCGUCACUGAAUCUAGAUGUCACCUCCACACACUGGAUUAUCCUGGAGCCUAGAAGUAACCUGAGUGCGGGAGACUCACGUUUUGACGUGGCCAGUUUGUCUCGCAGUGACAGUGCUUCCUCCACCCAGUCCAUGCAGCAUGGUGGAAUGCCGGAACUUCUGCUGGGUCUGUCCUACAACGGAACGACUGGGCGACUCCAGGUGGAGGUCAUCAAGGGAAGUAACUUCAAGAACAUGGCUAUGACCAGACCACCAGUAUUGCAGAAGCUGACAAGUCAGAGCACUAAAAAGCUAGAUACCUAUGUCAAAUUGACCCUAAUGUCUCCGACUGGACAGGAAGUGGCCCGGAGCAAGACAUCCAUUCGGCGCGGUCAGCCAAAUCCAUUGUUUAAGGAAGCAUUCAUGUUCCAGGUGGCGCUGUUCCAGUUGGCAGAGGUCACUCUAAUGGUGUCCGUCUACAACAAGCGGAGCAUGAAGAAAAAGGACAUGAUUGGAUGGUUUGCCCUAGGGUUAAACAGCAGUGGAGAGGAGGAGCAGUCCCACUGGACAGACAUGAGGGAGUCCAAGGGGGAUCAAGUUUGUCGCUGGCAUAUACUACUGGAGUCCUAGCUUUCUGGCUACACAGUGUUAAAGAUGGUGGAUAAAACAACUUUCAAAAGAGCAGUGAAUUGGAACAAAACUCUCCUUUUACCCUUACUUCUGACUUUGUGUUCAUCCAGAGGCACGAUGCUUUCUUCCCUUUGUACUUAAAAUAUCAAGUGUUUUGUUGAAAAUAUCUUCGUUACUCAUUGGAAAUGCCCUUUUUCAUGAUGUUGAUUUAUACAUUGGAAUCUCAAAAAAAUAAUGAUUGUGUUCAAACACCUUUAAACAGGUAUUCUAUUUGCUGCAGAUAACUACAUCUUUAAUAAUGUGAUUAUGUGAUUCUUGUUUGGAAAUUAAAGUUAUCAGUAUUAGCAUGUAUAGCACUGGCGUCGGAAGCAAAUUGAAAGUG